AUGCAUAAACUAAUCCAAUCAUUCUAUAGAAAUUUAUUUUCAACUACGACAAUUCAAAAGAUGAAUAGAGUAGCCGAUAAGUUGCCUCUUAAACUUGAAAGAUUAAAUACUGAUAUAUUCAAAGCGUUGAAAUGUAAAUCUAUGAAUAUAAAAAAAAAUGUUUCUUAUAUUACAUUCCCUAGUGACAAAUUAAAUACAACAAAAUUUGAAAAGGCAUGCCCAUUGACUUUUUAUAUGUUAAAACAUAAAUAUAAAAUUGAUGUAAAUAGUGUACAAAUUAAAACUGUGAAAAAUAACAAUUUUGAUGAAAAAAAUAAUGACAAUAAUGUAGCCACUCAAAAUAAUUCUGAAACAAAUGUAAUUAAUAACGAUAUAAAUGAUGUUGAUUUUGUCGACUCUUUUAUUCAAUUCAACAUACCAGUUUUAAACGAAUUUGAUAGGAUAUAUUUUUAUAAACAUAUUAUUGAAAUAGUUGACACAUUAGCAGCUGAUGUUGCAUAUAGACAUAGUAUUGGAGGAUAUCGAAAAAAUGAUAAAUAUAAUUUCGUUACUGUUUUAUUUAAUAACUUAAAUAUUUAUGAACAAAAAAAUAUCCAUCAUGAAUAUAAUAAUUUUUCUUUAGAAGAACAAAAGCCACUAACAAUAAAUUGUUAUAUUGUUCACUCAGGUACUACUUCAUAUAUAUUAAAACUUGAUUUUUUGCAGGAAAACAAACUUAUUUUUGAUAUAUAUACAACUUUUGUUAAUAUAAAUAACUUAACUUUCAAACCUCAAGAAGUAAAACGUGCUAGUAAUUCUACAAAUAAUGAAGAAUAUAAAGAAAUUAGUAACUUAGCUCGUCAUAUUAAAGAUAUACAAAAUUUAUUUAAUUAUAAAGAUAUUAAAAAUAAAUCUUUAAAUCAAAAUGAUAUAGAUUUUAUGCUAAAUUAUUUUAAAAAUUUACAAGUACAAAACAAACCAUAUAUAUCUAAAAAUGUUUAUCAAAAUACAAAUAUAUUUGAAGAAGAAACAGAACAAAAUAAUUCUAAUAAAUUAGCCAUUAUUGAAAAUAUUCUGAACACGUCAGAAAUUUCAUUUUAUUCUGCUAAAAAUAAUUAUUAUUGUAAAGAUUCUUAUAUCGAGUCAGAAUUUUUUAUUUCUUCUGAAUAUAAAAAUAUUCAUAAUUUUACUUUUGGAGGAUAUUUAGCAUAUUUAUCAUUAUCCCAUGCUAUGACAAUAAUUAAAUAUUUUAUACCUAAACCUAUACUCAUUGAAAUAAGUGAAAUACAAUAUAUUUUACCCGUCCCUUAUAAUUCUGUUGUAUCUUAUAGAGGAAAAAUAAUUUAUAGUGAUUUUGAAAAAAUACAAAUAAAAAUUUCCGCAUACUGUUUUGAUUUCAAAAAAAAAACAUAUUAUUUAACAACAACAUUUGAUAUUUCUUUUCAAAAUAAUGCUGAUAUUUCCUUUAUUCCACAAUCCGACGAAGAAAUAAAAUUAUAUUUAUUCAGUUUUUUGCGUUCUCGGUUGUUAUCUUAA